AUGGAUUCGAAGCUUAGCAGCCCCUCCAAGGGUCACCGGGUCAUUCAAUUCACGAACCCUCGUUCCAUCGACAAUCAAACGUACUAUAUCGAUAUCGACUCGAAUGUCGAUCCGGAUCUAAAACAUCCACAAUCUUAUACCGACAGGGUUUGGCAAUUCUCCAAUACAGUAGGAGUACGGGUACAAGACUAUGAUCAGGAAUGGCAACAACAUCUUUUCAGGACUUUCCAUUGGAUCAGUCAAGUGAAUGAAGAUAUCACCCAAAGACAAUUAGAGAGAUGUGGCACAUUAGAUUUCUAUCGGGGUAAAUACCAUAGUCAACUUACGGUCCGGCCCUCAAGAGAAGACGACGAUAUGGACAAGUUCACUUUGAUCAUCAAUACUGAACAUGAUGAGGGAGAGGAUAGGGAGGAUCAGACCUCACGGGGACGGCCAUUGAGACGUUCUUGGGAUGGUCAGGGAUUCACACAAGCACGAGACUCGAAUACUGAUCUGGACCACCGAUACCAUCAAGUGAUUACAGGAGUUCAAAACACGGAUUUCCCGGAUGGUUCGCACGAACUGCAAAUAUCUUAUGGUCAUACCCAAGAUCAUGAACCGCCGCGCCAUGAACCGUCAAUCAACGAUCUACUGGUUCAAUCAAUCAGAAAUCAAAGUCCUUAUUGGGAUCAAGCUUUUUGGAAAGUAGAGAAAGCUCUCGAGUAUUGUGUAUCUCCUUGUCCUUCUCUUCAUUCAGAAGGAAGAGGGCAACUAGAUAUCUGUUUAGAAGAUGGUAGAUCCUGUUUGAUCUCGACACCUCUACCUGCGGUUUCGAUGCCGGUUAAUGCAGAUUGGGUUGUAUCGUUUUAUAAAGGUGGUCCUCAUUCUGAUUCUAUCUCUACCACGAAGAACGAGAAAUAG